UCUAUGUAGCCAAUAGGAAGAAGGCUGAUGCCAAAAAAAUCAGGUGGCGGACCACCACUACCUUCACUCACUCCAGCGAAUCUGUGGUCGAUGGGAUUCCAGGGGUCAGUUCAUCAGAGUCAGCUACCUCCCAUAAUACAAGUGGCUUAGUAAAAUUUGCUGAUGGACACCUUGUAUCCUCCUUGGACUCUCCUGCAACAGCACAGCCUGCCACAGUUUGGCAACAAAAUGCAGAGGCAAGUGGAGGUCAAAAUGCAUGAGAGUCAUUUGGAUCCCCUUCCACCACCUGAGGAAUCCAUGUGUGGAAGCAUUUGUGACAAAAUCACGAAGAACAUGCUACUAACACUCACCAUUCUCGGUGUGAUUACAGGCUCAGUAGCUGGUACUCUACUGCGGUAUGCAUCCCCACUUCCCGCCGAUGUCAUUAUGGUUAUUUCCUUCCCUGGUGAUAUUCUCAUGAGGAUGUUAAAAAUGGUGAUUUUGCCUCUGAUCAUCUCAAGUUUGAUCACAGGUUUAGCAGGGUUGGAUGCCAAGUCCAGUGGCCGCUUGGGUACAAGAGCCAUGGUGUACUAUAUGUCUACCACCAUCAUCGCAGCUGUGCUGGGGGUGGUCUUGGUGCUGCUCAUCCACCCUGGUAACCCCAAGUUAAAGGCAAACCUCGGCGAAGGGAAAAAAAAUGAUGAAGUCUCCAGUUUAGAUGCCUUCUUUGAUCUAAUCAGAAAUCUUUUUCCAGAGAAUCUUGUACAGGCUUGCUUUCAACAGAUCCAAACUGUUACUAACAAGGUAGAAGUAGCUCCUCCUCCUCCAACACGAUUUGGACGAAAUGCCACCAAGACUGCAACAAAAUAUGUGAUCAAGAAAUCUCUUCAAUUCAAGAGCGGCAUGAAUGUGUUAGGUAUCAUUGGCUUCUUUGUGGCAUUUGGGAUUUGCAUGGGAAAGAUGGGCGAAAAGGCCAAACUCAUGGUUGACUUUUUCAACGUUCUAAACGAGAUCGUCAUGAAGCUUGUCGGCAUGAUCAUGUGGUUUUCCCCCAUUGGUAUAGCAUGUCUGAUCUGCGGAAAAAUUAUUUCCAUCAAUGAUCUGGAGGUGGUGGCAAGGCAACUUGGAAUGUACAUGGUCACUGUUAUCGUUGGACUUAUCAUUCACGGAGCCAUAUUCCUUCCGUUAAUAUAUUUUGUAUUUGUUCGGAAAAACCCAUUCACAUUCUUUAUGGGAAUGUUCCAGGCUUGGGUUACUGCUUUAGGAACAGCCUCUAGUGCUGGCACAUUACCUGUUACUUUUCGCUGUCUGGAAGAAAACUUGGGGAUUGACAAGAGAGUGACCCGAUUUGUACUACCUGUUGGAGCAACAAUCAACAUGGAUGGUACAGCACUUUAUGAGGCUGUAGCGGCCAUCUUUAUUGCGCAGAUGAAUGGAAUAGAACUUGAUCCUGGUCAGAUUGCUACUGUCAGUCUUACAGCUACCCUUGCCAGCGUAGGAGCAGCCAGUAUUCCCAGUGCUGGUCUGGUGACUAUGCUUCUGAUCUUGACUGCGGUGGGAUUACCGACUUCAGACAUCAGUUUACUGGUAGCAGUCGACUGGCUACUGGAUCGUUUCCGAACAUCGGUCAAUGUUAUUGGUGAUUCGUAUGGGGCAGGCAUUGUGUACCACCUCUCCAAAGAUGAGCUUGACUCAUUUGAUGCCCAGCAAAUGAGGCCCGAAGAAGACUUUGAGAUGGCCAAGACACAAUCCUUUUUUGAGAAUAACAGUAACCAUGGUGUAUAUUCAUCUCGCAACUCCUGUCACCAAAUCCAAAUAGAUGACUGCAAGUCUUUCAGCAUUCUGUAAGGAAUCCCGCUGCAGCUAAUUAGUUGAUCUUGUGGUGGGUACAUUUCUGUAAAUUUGGAUAUAAAUUGUGCUGUUAUUUCAAACUACCUGGAUUCUCUGCUCCAAACCAUAGACAGUUUAGUUAGCACCGGUAAAUGCAUUUUUACUGUGCCUUGGUCCAACAGUUAGUUGUUCCUGAUAAUUGCUUUCAGGUAACCUUGGCCUCAAAUGGCUCCCCUGCGGACUUCUCACUUGUUGAGGAGGAACCAUGGAUACGCGGCUAACACAGCACACAGAUCCAGCUCCGCCUUAUCCUGAGUCCCACAAGCUUAUCCUUUCGGGUGAAAACCAAAGCAUAUUGUCCGUCAGAAGUAAAAAAAAACUUUUCACAUGCACAAGCACUGAUUUAAAAAAAAAACAUUAGAAUCUCAGUACACUUGAUUCACGCGGGGGGUUAGCUUGAGGUAGUUGGUGCUCUUAGGGUUCAUCUGGCAUAGUGUAUAGAAAAUGGUCAGCAUUUUGAAAGUUUUAUUUUGGGUGAGCGUGUUCUCAGCAUGAAAGCACAUUAACAAGCUCAAUACUUGUAGUAUCAAAGUGGCUUGCCCCAGCCUGGAAUGCCAAACUGAUUGUAGAGCACUACUAGUUGCAGGAGGAGAGAAGUGCAAUUUGUUUGCUAAAGAUACCUUUGACUGGUUUGGCUUAGAUGGAUUAACCCUUGGUGGCGGCACUCCAGAUCAGCCUCUUAUAAGAGCUUACCAAAGUACUUAAAGGUUCUGAAGUGGUUUGCCUCCAAAUGCUGGCACUUAUUUUUAGAGGCUGCUCGACGUAAAUGCCACGUCACCAAUUACAUGGAGCGAUUAGACAUGCAGUAUGACACUGAGGAGAGUGGCGUUUCUAUCUGCAAGGACUGUUGGGUUACAUUGAUAUCUUGGGGCUAUAAAAUCCUAUAUAGUGGACUGAAUAAGGGGAAACACAUUUUUCAUAAUCAUUUAUGUGUCCAUGCGUGUUUUGGGGCAUGUGUACUUGUUUAUAAUUGAAAUAAGUUUUUGUGUUUGAGUGAGGGGACUUCCCUAUGUGUCCGCAUGCUUAAGCAUACAUUUAGGUUAUGUCUGUAUUCUGUGUGCUUUGAUAAGUUGUUGAUUUAUGUAUUUAUUUGUUAAAUUUCAAUCUUGCCUUGAAGACAAAAUGCAGACUGUGCAGACAGAAUGUACAUCGCAGCAGACUGUAUGGCUCUAACAUCAGAUGCAAUCACAUUUUCUGUAAUCAUAGAUUGCUAAUCUUUGAUUCCCUGUGGAGCCUUCUUGGAAACUCUGAUAUGAAGUCCAGUUGAAUGGAUUGUUAAAUAUUUAUAUUUUCAUGCUGAUAAGUGAGGCCCUCACAUUGUUUGGCGCUGAGGUUGUUAAAUGUAACUAACAGAAAAGAGAUGAAAUUAUUGAGAUCCUUAAUUAAAUCUGCAAUAUGUAUUUGGUAGUUUUUGAUUACGUUCAUAGCAACAUGAUCAACAUUCCACUUUUUGCACCACAAUUUUCUCAUUAAAGUGCCUCCUUGCACUUUGUGUAAAUAAAUACAUAUACUGUGUCAUAUUUUAGGUAUUCAUACAAACUAAAGUGUAGUAUGAAAAUUAUACAAAUUAUGUUUUUAUUUCACUUGGUUAUAUAGAUUAUAACAGGUUGUAGCUAUCACUAAAAUAUACUGUACACAUCACAUGAAACUGUGAGAAAUGUAAGAUUGAGAAGUAAACAUAUAUGUAUAUAAAUCUAAGAAUAUGUUUCACGUGGAAUCCACGAUGGUUUUGUGUUCAGUUAUUUUGUUUUGUUGAAGAUUUUUGUGAGGGUUUAAUACAUUAGUGGGAGAAAAAAAAAAAAUACUAAAAAUUAUGAACCAGCCUUGCUACAGAUUAAACAGUCUUGCGGAGUGCAGAGAAAA